UAGGAAGGCAGCCAAAAAUGAAGAAAUAUGUAAGAGUAGUAUUAUUGUUGGUUCUCAUUUUGCUAAAUCUCCACCAUUGCCCUCCUCAUGCCAGUGCUGCAAAUACCAAUGCACCCCUCCCUAUUUCAGGUAAUAAAGCGGAGAAUGAAGAAGAAUCGGUAGCGGUGGUUAGCCACCGAGUCGGCAAAACUGCUCGGCAACAUGAAACAUGACAACGGAUGCCGUGACGUACUCAAAGGAGGCAACCACGGGCGAGAACGGGUUCUACACUAUAGACGUAGAGGGAGAAUUCGGCGACGACAUUUGCGACGUGACGGCGCUGAAGAGCUCUCGCGAGGACUGCAAGGACACACGUGGUCGGGUGGACAAGUCACAAAUUGUCAUCAGCAACAAUGCCGGAAUGCACAACACCGUCAGAUAUGCAAACCCGUUGUUUUUCACAACCGAAAAGGCUUCCCCACAAUGUGCCCAAGUGCUCAAGGAGAUGGAUUAUGUUCCUAUCGAUAAAAUAAUGUGAUCAUGUUAUAAUUAGUAUGAUCAACUCAUAACUCAGCCUUUGCCCCUGAUUAGUUAAUGUCAGUUGUAUUGUGUUGCUCUAACCCUUAUUUAAUUCUCUUGCAUAUCAAUCAUGUCAUUGUUACCAAAAAAUAAUAAAGUUCAAAUGAAUGAAUAAUGAAACAUCUCCUUGGUG